AUGACUCCCCGGGAGCACAUGAGGAAGAUGUCCAUGCUGGGGGAGCAGGGAUCACUGGAGGAAAAGCACCUGUACCGGCUGGCAGGCGGCAUGGCAGCAGGAGAGCUGCGGCAGCGGCAGGAGAUGCUGAUGAGGAACCAGCUGAUGGCAGUAAACCCGCAGCUGAUGGGGCCGGGCCAGCAGAGGAUGCAGGCGAUCCCCGCCCAGUUUGAGCCGCGGCUGGUGGACAGAGAUCUGCUACCUUCAACUGAAAUGAUGGCUUCAGGUGACCCCAGACAAAUCCACAUAGCAUCCCACCUGGGACCCACAGUCCCGCAGCACCCCAACAUGCCAAACCUGCUGUCCAACCGUGUCUACCCAGGCCCAGGAUACAGCUUUCUGCAACAAGAAUCCAUGGAAGCUGUGGCCAGAAGACAAGAACUGGUUCAGAAGCAAAAUAUUGCCAGAAUGGAAAUGGAGAUGAGUGCUAUCUUUCAGCAAAAGGAAAUGGAGAAAGCCCAUCGGAAAGGACUCCUGGGCCUGGAAGCCCCUUUCCUUUACCAUGGGAUGCCAGCGAGUCCCAUGGCUUUCCGUGGCAGACACAGACUCCCUGAAGGGCACCUUGCCAACGACCUGUAUGUCCAUCGUACCACCCUGGAUGAGAUCCAUGGCAACACCAUGCUCAUGGCAAGCAGCCCGUACCCGCCAGUCAGCACCCUGCAAAGGGAGAGGGGGCGUCGCCCAGGGAGGAGAGCUGGAAAUCACAAAACUGCCGAGGGCAGCGCCAACGGCACAAAGAACCAGGCUGAUGACAAAUCCACAGACUCUGCCUCAGCUGCAAUGGAAGAUGAGAAAGAAGACAAGAAGGAAGUAGAGGUGGAGGCACCAAACAAACAUGAGCAGAGCAAAAACCAGCCUGAGCCAGCUGCAGUUGCCAAGAACUGCAAAGAGUUUGAACAAGGCUUGAGAAAAAACUGUGCUACUCACGAAAUUCCUACCGAAACGACCAGCUGCAGCAACACAAAUGAGAAGGAAGCCAACAGCUCCUGUGCUGCUUUUGAUGACAAGUACCUGUACCCUUCUGCAAUCCCAUUCUCAGCUUUACCAUAUGGAUUUCCAGUGCCCAACAACCCAUUGCUACCUUCAGGAGCCCAUGGCCUGAUCCUGAAUGGAGAAGACCUUUCUUCUGUCGAAGACAUUCGCAAGUGGACAGUUGAUGAUGUGCACAACUUCAUUGUCAGCCUCCCAGGCUGCUCAGAUUAUGCCCAGAUAUUUAAAGACCAUGCUAUUGAUGGAGAAACCCUUCCACUGCUAACAGAGGAACAUCUCCUGGAUACAAUGGGAUUAAAACUUGGACCAGCAUUAAAAAUCCGCUCUCAGGUGUCCAGACGUCUGGGUAAUGUGUUCUACAUGAUGAAUGUCCCUCUGUCCGUGCCCCUGCCUCCUGCUCCAGGAAAACCCUCAGAGCAGCCCUCUGACAUGGCCUCCCCUCUGCACUGCAACAGCAGCGGUGACACCCUGGACAGUCCCUGCUCCCAGGACCCAGAAACUUCCCAAGCAGUGGAACAGAUGGUUUCAGAAAGCAGGGAAAAUCCAUGUGACACAGCUGGAUCCCAGGCUGACUUCCAGAUGAUUGCUUUCCAGAAAAGCUGA